AUGGUGAUUUCGCAAUCGAUUAUCCUCUUUAUCAGAAUCCAGCAUUUGCUUUCUGAUUUCCAGGCGGAUCAUAUGUUGAAACAGUCGGCGAGUAGGAAUCAAAGGGCAAAAGGAUUCAAAGUGAAACAUGCAGUUCAGAUAAGUGUUUUGCUUCUGGUUUGCGUAUGGUUAAUUUACCAAUUGAAGCAGACUUACAUGAACAAUAAUCCAGCAAUCCAAGUCUCGGUGAUUGGGAGGAAAGGGUUGAUUGAUUCGCAAGUGAAAGAAGGGAAUGACGAAGAACAAGAUGUAGAAAAAGUAGAUGAAGAAGAACCUGAUCAGUUAGAAGAUCUGAUUGAUGAAGACGAUAAAGAUGAAAGAAUUGGCAAAGUUAUUUGA